UAUGAUAGAGGAAAGGGAUAACAUAUCACGCUCUAGGAUAUAUUAUAUCAAUUAGUGGCUACCUUAAAUUUAGGAAAUCUUUAUGCAUGAGUUCAUAUAUGGUGGAUAUGCAGAUUUUAAUUUAAAUUGGUUGACAAUAUUUACGUAAUACUUUAAUACGUACGAUUUAUUGUGUGUCUUCUACUUUGGAAAGUGUAAAUAUUGUUUACAUAUUUGACCAGAUUUUUGGGAUAUCAGUUAAUAUCUUGGGUUAAUCUGGAAAAUAUAUCGCAUGUGAUAUCAACAACAGAUCUGUAUCAUUUAUUAAACAGUAUGAUUUUUCGGAUCAAAUAAUAGAUAUUGGGCUUCGGAAAUAUCUUAAUGAUCAGGCCAACCAGUAAGUAAGAAAAAAUUGCAGUGGCAUAGAAGGUAAAUAUUAAGCAAGAUUAAUGGUGAAAUUAUAUUUGUACUUCAGUUUUAAUAGAUUAGAUAUUUUUAACAAUGUUAACUCGUCAACAAAAUACUUAACCCUAAAUCUUAAACCUUUGGGUAAACUUUAAAUCUAUACGUAAACCCUAAACUCUUGGGUAAAAUAAUAAAUCUUUGGGUAAAUUUUAAACUUUUGGGUAAAUUCUAAACCCUAGGGUUUAGAGUUUUGCUGACAACAUUUAAGGUCUAGUGUUUAGAAUUUACCUAAUGGUUUAGGGUUUAUCCAAGGCGUUAAUUUUUUUUUUUUUAAAAUCGUUCUUUUGCAGGUACUAUUAUUUUUUAUUUAUUAUAUUUUUAAAACAUAAUAUUACUUAAAUUCUUAUUAUUUUGUUUUCUUUUUAAAAAAAAAAACUGAAUAUGAGAUGACAAACUAUUAAUGGUUGGUGAAUCAAUGUUCACUUUAAAGAAUGAACCCAAGAAAAAAUCUUUACCACCCUACCAUAAGGCCCCAUGCAUAUUUUGUAUAUCUUUCUUAACUUUUAAUGUUAUUUUAAAAUUUUAAUAAUAAUAUGCAACGGAAAAAGGUCAGUAUUCACUCAAUGUUUAUUUGAGAAUUUGUUUCUGUAAAUUAAUACUAGCAAAUUGAGGAAAUAUAUACGCCAAAAUCAAAUGCAGGUUAGGCUCUAGAAAACCUUAAAUUAGUUUAUUUAAAUAGAUUUCCAAAUAAUGUAUCACUCCGUUCAUCUCAUAUAUAUAUAUAUAUAAAAGAUGAUUUUCCUGUGCUCAUGUACGGAUAUAAUAUUUAUAAAAUAAAUAUAUUAUAAUAAUAAAUUAAUAGUUUAUUUUCAUUUUUAAAUCAUUUGUUUUUUUUCUCAGUCCCUCAUCUUUUAAAGUUUAUCAUCUAGAACUGUUGCUCUUUCUUCUAUCUUUAUGCUUGUUUUUGGCUUAAGUGCUUCAUGUUGCUAUCUUUAGAAAAAGUUGUUUCACUGUAUGAUCCAUAGAUUGUAUCUUUUCUUUUAAUUUUAAUUAGAAAUCCUUUUAAAGAAAUUUAGUCAUUUUAUAAUUUAUAUUAAUAAUAUUAUGUUGUUUUAAUAUACAUGUGAUUUUGGAUACAUAGCAUCUAGCCGGUUUAAUUAUCACUUGGAUAUAGUAUUAGAUUACAUCAAUUUCUUCGAAUUCAACCAUUAUAUUUUUUCUAAAUAUAUUAAAAAUUAUUUGUUAUUUACAUUUAGAUUGGUUAUUCUCUUACAUAUGUAAAUAUAUUUUAUUAAGAUUAUGGUAUAAUAUAAUAUAUAUAUUAUUUUGAAGAUCAAACUGGAAAAAUUAAACAAAAAUGUUAAUCGAUUCAAAAUUACACAAAUGAAUAUGAAAAAAAUAUUUUGAAAUCUGAUGCAUAUAUUUUACAAAUGAAGUAAAUUGUAGCAAUUAGUUCGUAUUUUAUAUUUAUUUGUUAAUGUGUUUUUUAGUUAGAUCUUUGAUUUUGGAUAUAAAAAAUUUGAUUAGUCCAAUUACUAAUUUUGUGGGUAUAUUUAGUGACAUAUAUUUUUCAAAUUGAAGUAUAGUUAUUUUAAUUCCUGUUAAGCCAAAUUGAAUUUGAUAUUUAUUUAUCGGAUUAGUUUAUUUUUUCAUCUUUGAUGGUAAUAAUAUUUUUGGACUUUUUAGGAUAAUUUAUAUAUGUUGAUUUUCCAAAAUAUAUUAAAAAUAUAGCAAUGAUAAGUAUAGAGAUAACAGAUAAAAUUUUGAAAGCUCGUAAAUUAACAUUUACAAUAAUUAAAAUAAUUUAUCAAUUCUAAGUAAUUUUAUAUCUUAGAUUUAUAAAUGGUAAACUGAAAUUUAUUUAAAAAAAUCUUAAACAUAAUAAUUCAAAUUUGCUUAAGUACUUUUAUUAUUGGUAUGUUGGAUUGCACAAUUAUAAGGAAAAUAAAAUUUUAAAAGCAAACUGAAUAUUAAGUAGAAAGAUUUUUUUAAUAGUGGUAAGAUUUAAUAUUUUUAUUUCAUCAAAGGUUUUUUUGUAAAUAACCAUUGUGAUAAUUACGUGAGCGCACACGUAGAAAACUGACUUUUCAAAUAAUAUAUAUAUAUAUAAUUCUCGUAAGAAAAAGAGAUUUAUGAUAUUUGGGAAAAAAUGAUAUAUUAUUGUUAAGUGUAUAAUAAUCGAAUCAAUCAUUAAAAAUUGUUUAAAAAUGUCAAAGCAUAUUAGAAUAGGCAAAUCUUAAAUGUUUUUAAAAUGAUGAUAUUUUUCUUGGAACUCUUUCUCCUCUAUUUAUUGCAGUUUUCCUCCUUUCACUUUCAGGAGACAAACGAACUGAUCAUUAUUUCAUCCGUUUUUCUUUUCUUUCCCUUACCUUUCUAGCUUCUCUGUUUAACCUUAAAGCUCGCAACACUAUCAGAGCUCUGUUUCACAGUUUCAGAACAAUGGAGGAACAAAACCAACCAGACAAUUUCUCUUCCUAUAAACAUCCAACUUUUCCUCAAGUCAUAGAGGAGCUAAAAGAGCUCUGGGCUAUGGUUUUACCGAUCACAGCAAUGAACUGUCUAGUCUACGUACGCGCCGUCGUCUCCGUCCUCUUCCUCGGCCGUCUCGGUAGCCUCGAGCUAGCCGGAGGAGCUCUCUCAAUCGGUUUCACCAACAUCACAGGCUACUCAGUCCUCGUAGGACUCGCCUCGGGACUCGAGCCAGUAUGUAGCCAAGCCUUUGGUAGCAAAAACUGGGAACUCCUCUCGCUCUCUCUCCACCGUAUGGUCAUGAUUCUCUUGAUCGCCUCCGUGCCCAUCGGCCUGUUAUGGAUCAACCUCGGGCCCAUCAUGCUGUUCUUGGGCCAAGACCCGGGGAUAACCGCUACAGCCGCAGAGUACUGCCACUACGCGCUUCCUGAUCUUUUGACUAAUACUCUGCUUCAGCCGUUACGGGUUUAUCUAAGGUCACAGCGGGUGACGAAACCGAUGAUGUGGUGCACGUUAGCUGCUGUGGCAUUCCACGUGCCGUUGAACUACUGGCUUGUGAUGGUGAAGCGAUGGGGUGUUCCUGGUGUGGCGACUGCUUCCGUUGUGACGAAUUUGAUUAUGGUUAUGCUUCUGGUGGGCUAUGUUUGGGUUAGUGGGAAGCUGCAGAAGAGAGUUAGCGGGUCUAUGGCGGCGGCUACGGUGGUGGAGUUGGUUGGAGGGUUGGGACCGUUGAUGAGAGUGGCGGUUCCGAGUUGUUUGGGGAUAUGUUUGGAGUGGUGGUGGUAUGAGAUUGUGAUUGUGAUGGGUGGUUACUUGGAGAAUCCUAAGCUUGCUGUGGCUGCUACUGGGAUUUUGAUUCAGACAACAAGUCUUAUGUAUACUGUUCCUAUGGCUUUAGCUGGAUGCGUGUCUGCUCGGGUUGGAAACGAGCUAGGUGCAGGUAGACCAUACAAGGCGAGACUAGCGGCAAACGUGGCUCUAGCUUGCGCAUUUGUAAUAGGAGCAUCCAAUGUGGCUUGGACCGUGGUUCUAAAAGAGCGUUGGGCAGGACUUUUUACUGGCUACGAGCCACUCAAGGUGUUGGUUGCUUCGGUUAUGCCAAUUGUUGGGCUUUGCGAGCUAGGGAACUGCCCUCAAACUACGGGUUGCGGGAUUCUAAGAGGGACAGGCCGGCCAACGAUUGGGGCACAUGUGAAUCUUGGUUCGUUUUAUUUUGUUGGGACGCCUGUUGCUGUUGGACUAGCGUUUUGGUUGAAGGUUGGGUUUAGUGGAUUGUGGUUUGGGUUGCUGUCGGCCCAAGCGGCUUGUGCAGUUUCAAUAUUGUAUGCAGUUUUGGCAAGGACAGAUUGGGAAGGAGAAGCAAUGAGGGCUAUGAGGAUGACGAGUUUGGAGAUGAGGAAAGUUGGGAAGGACGAAGAAUCAUCGUCAUUGUUGGAUGAUCGCAAUAGGAGUGAUGAGAAGUUGGGUGGUGUCUUGUAAUAAAUCGGAUCAGUUGUGGGGUAAAGCAAAGACUUGAGAGACUUAUUGUUGUUUUCGACUUGUUUAUGUUUUGUGUUUUUUAAGUGCAUUUGCUAAUUGGAAUC